ACCCGCUAACGCACUUUUUCCUCUCUUGCAGACACUUCGGCGGCGCUGUCCUUGCUGGAGCGGAUCCAGCGCUCCAUCAAGGAGUCCGAGGACCCGAGGAUGUCCGAUCAGUGCAGCAACGACCUCAACACCCUCAUCUCCGUCCUCGAGAGUCCCGUCUUCAGGGGCAUCGUCAUCAUACAGGAUUCGCUGAAGGAACUGAAGAAGCAAGUGUUGCAGCACCCGUCCAUCGUCCCGCGCGACUUCGACAUCACCGAGGAUGGGCGGCUGGUCCUCCACGUGGGUCAGGACGCCCACCACUUCGCCGCCGCCGCCGUCACCCCCGCCAAGACCGCGCUCAUCUCCCAGCUGGAGAGCCUCGACGCCCCUCCUAGCAUUGUCUCGGAAUCCAUAGAACUGAAGGAACUUAAGGACUUGCAGGAUGAGGCCCAGCUGGAGGAGGAAAGGAUGAUGGAGAAGAAGCUGCUGAUGAAGAUGCAGGAGGAGGAGAUGGCGGAUGAGGCGGAUGAGGACGGCGGCGAGAAGGAUGAUUUGGAUGAGUCCCUGGCCCCCACUUCCAUCACCAACGCUACCCUGGACCAGGAGCUUCAGCGGGCCAUCCAGGCGGCCGCUCAGGGAAGGGACAUCUAUCACAUCCAGCUGUUCAAGCCGGAGGGCAGCAGCCUCGGCUUCAGCGUGGUUGGCCUCAGGUCGGAGAAGCGCGGCGAGCUGGGCAUCUACGUCCAGGGCAUCCAGCCGACGGGCAUCGCUGCAAAGUAAGUGCCCCUGAACUCUGUCACUCUCCUUUCGC